GAACAUCCUACCCGCCCGUCACAGCUUCUCGUGGACCGAGUCCACAGCACACCGACCGCCAUGGAUCGCGAGGCGCUCCGCAUGCUGUGCUCGCCGCAGUUCUGGCGGAUGGCAGUCCUCUGGGCCCUCUCCCUCCUCCACUCCUACCUCCUCGUGUUCCACUGCGGCCGGGCGGAUGCCCCUCGCCGCCGCCGGCCGCGGCCAGCCGAAGGACGUUGCCCCAUCUGCGUUGUCACCGGGGCGACAUCGGGGCUGGGCAGGGCGGCGGCGGCGGCGCUCGCGCGGGAGGGCUACCACGUCGUGCUUGCUGGACGUUCCACACAGUUAUUAUAUGAGACAGUUCAAGAAAUUCAGAGGCAACAGCCAGAUGCCCAUCUCAAAGAGUUUCAGGUCGACUUGGCAUCCUUCAAGUCGAUUAAGAAAUUUGGAAGUUCACUGAAGCAAUGGGUUCAUGAGAAAAAUGUGGAGCCUUCUAUUCAGCUUUUGGUAAAUAAUGCUGGAAUAUUAGCGAAGUCGCAUCGAAUUACUGAAGAUGGCCUUGAUGAGAUGAUACAGACAAACUACAUUGGUCCAUUUAUGCUGACCAACAUUCUUUUACCAUUGCUGAAGAACAGCUCGGUACCUUCUCGAGUGGUUAAUCUAACUUCUUUCACACACAGGUGUGUGUCAGGUCUUGAUGUAUGUGAGGAUGCGCUGAGAGGGAUGAAAUUUGGUCGGUGUUCGAUAGGGGAAAGUUACCCCUUAGCUUCUACUUAUGAGUAUACCAAGCUUUGUAUGCUGAUGUUCUCAUAUGAGCUUCAUCGACAGCUGCACAUGUCAUCUGGCGUCUCUGUAAUUGCUGCCGAUCCCGGUGUCGUGGAGACAAAGAUUAUGCGAGAGCUCCCUGAAUGCCUCUCUUGGUUCGCGUUCUUGGCUCUGCGCUCCCUUAAACUCCUGCAAGAACCUGACACGGGGGUUGGUGCUGUCCUCGAUGCUGCUUUGGCGCUGCCUGAAGAGUCUGGGAAGUAUUUCUUUGGAGGGAAAGGGAGAACGAUCAGAUCGUCCCGACUGUCCUAUGACGCCGAGGUAGCCAAGAAGCUGUGGGCAGAGUCGUCAGCAGUGUUCAAGGAGCUGCAGCUUAGAGGAGGCGAUUUUGGGGAUAGUUAAAGAAAAACACAGACAAAUAGAUGAGCCUGACACCCUUGUUUUAUGUAUGGUCCUAUUUUGGCCCUUCGUUUUAGCGUACUCGAAUUUUGGUCCUAUAUACGGGAAAAUAUCCUAUGCAAUCACUUAUCCUGGUGCAAGCAUGCAAUCGAGCGAUCUGGUGCAUCCGAUCUAGAUCUAAUGAUGACUGUUAUUUUAUAUUUAACUCCUUCCACCUAAAACAUAGUACUUAUUUUACUUUUAACCCCUUUCAUAUGAAACCGUUGGAUCUAGAUUAGAUGCUCUGAAUAGUUUGAUUGCACGCUUGCACCAAAAUGAGUGAUUGCACAGGAUAUGUCCUCCCUAUAUACAUGAGGCAGACUGGCAGAGCAAGCAAGGUCUUGUUCUGUAGGCGGAGCCGCCUGUUAACUGAAAACCAGCAAUGUUACGAGUUACAAGCUUGUAAUGUCACUUCCACUUGUGUCGUUGCUUGCCUCCGUUGUGAAAGGAGGCAUUGGAUACGGGAUGAACCUAAUAGUAGCGUUGAGCAAAUGCAGUAUAUGCACAC